CACCUGCAGCAGCAGCAUCAGGAGGGACCAGAGUACAUCGGUGACGCCGCUGACAACGUCGAAGGUAGAAAGAUGGAGAUGAGUGUCUUACAUGAAACUCUGCAGCAUCAGCAGCAGAUGGCACUUGCUGCCCGGGCACUACUUGGCACUCUGGCAUCCCCAGAAGUGCCGCCUCCACUCCUCUCCUUCUCACAUCGUCUGCAACCUGAGAAGGUGGGUGGUAGCACGAGUCUGAUGGUACGAGCCCUGGCUAGUACCACCCCAAGACGACCCCGCGGCGAGAAGAAACCAAUACCAGAGACGCUGAAGGAUGACAAGUACUACGAAAGACGCAAAAGGAACAAUCUUGCAGCCAAAAAGUCUCGUGAUGCCAGGAAGCAGCGAGAGGAUCAGGUUGCCAUCCGCGCCAGCAUCUUGGAGAAGGAAAACGCCAUCUUACGUGCCCAGGUGGCUACCCUCAGAGACGAGGCCGCCUCCCUCAGACAACUUCUCUUUCAGAAGAAAACCAGACGCCAGUAGCCUCAGAAGGCCGAGUUACAGAAGCACACUUGGUUAUUGUGAUAAUCCUCGGACGUAGUAGACUGCAGUCUGGACGGAUGCUGGUUUCAUUGUAGAAAAUAUAUAUUUUUUACAUUGUAUUUAUUUUAGAACGUGGGGUGGUAAUGAAGUGUUAAACAACGAACGGAAGAAAUUUGAGACCGUUGGGAAUAACAAGCUGUCGUAUACAUGAUGAAUAUUAUAUUGAGGGUACCGAUGGAAAUGCAGUUCAUUUACAUGGGUCUUUUAUCCAAAGUGGCAGAACUUAUCAGCACCAAUAGCGUCAGCUGCAGGUCAGAUACCAAAUACACAGGACCUGGUCCAUCAAACACCACCCCCACAGGACCUGGUCUGUCAGACACCAUCCACACAGGACCUGGUCUGUCAAACACCACCCACACAGGACCUGGUCUGUCAGACACCACCCACACAGGACCUGGUCUGUCAGACUCCACCCACACAGGACCUGGCCUGUAGCUUCACACUAGACUCGCAGGCGGCUAGCGUGACCACUUAGAUUAAGGUUUCAGGAGAGAAUUUUAUUUUUGCAACGAAAGUGGCCACAGGAAAAGGUCCACCUGGCCAGCGUGUGACUGCACCAUGGCUCCAUUGCCAAUUUUGUAAUGUGUAUUGAUAACACAGAUUUCCCCUUCCCCUUUUAGCACGUUUGGAUAUUUUUCUAACACAGAAUUUAGUCUAUUAAUAAUGACGAAAGAACCUAUUGGUAGUUUAAGACAGGGAGACAUAUGGUAGCUGGAGUCAAAAACCUGACUUCUAAUUUCAGGCACUGUAGAGAGGAGGAGGGUACACACACACACACACACACACACACACACACACACACACACACACACACACACACACACACACAC